UUGGAUAGCCAUGGGGCACAGGUAGGCCCAAUGGCAGUAUCGCCGGAUGAAACGAUGUUUGUGAGCGGAAGUCCAGACGGCAGACUACGGCUGUGGAACAUCAAGAAGGGCGGUGUAGUUGGCGAUCCGUGGGAGGGCCACAAUGGUCAAGUGAGGUGCCUCGAUUGGUGUCCCAAUGCCCUGGAGAUAGCAAGUGGAUCGACCGACGGCACCAUACGACGCUGGAACCCGGACACUGGGCGACAAAUAGCACCACCGAUAGAGACCGGUCACGGCUGGGUGAAUGCUGUCAAAUACUCUCCGCAAUGUGACAAAUUUAUGAGUGGCGGAGUGGACAAGACGAUCGGUGUGUGGUCAAAGGAUGGGCAGCUGCUUAUGAAGAUCAAGGGACAUGAAGACAUGGUGACGUCGUUAUGUUGGUCCAAGGAUGGCGCAUACAUCUUCUCCUCAUCAUUUGAUCACACUGUCCGAAAAUGGCGCUUGAUUGACAGGGAGGAGCUCGUCGUUAUCGGGGGACAUGAACACUCGGUGACAUCGUUGCAUUGGUCCAAGGACGGCGUACAUAUAUUCUCUGCAUCAGUCGAUAACACCAUCCGAAUAUGGCAGUCCAUUGAUGGGAAGCAGCUCGCCGUUCUUCGGGGUCACACUCACAGCAUCAACUCUUUCUGUCUUACCCCCAAUGAAAGCCAUGUCGUUAGUGCAUCAACUGCUCCAUUCGCACCUGGGAUCUUGAGACGAAUCAGGAAGUCGGAGAUUCCCUCUUGCAUGACGAUGAACUCUUCGAUGUGA